AUGAGCGGCGACGCCAACAAAGAGUUUGAGGAGCAGCUGCGCCUUCAGGAGCUCUACAGCAGGAGGAGCCAGGAUGGUUCUGAUCCGUUCACGUACACGGACACCGACGGCACAGUUUACGACUGGGAUCAUGACAAGAAGGCUUGGUUCCCCAAGGUCACAGAAGAUUUCAUAGCUGCCUACCAGGCAAACUACGGUUUCUCUCAAGAAGGCGAGCCGGGUGUCGCCUCCGAAAUGGAGAUGAAAAAGACAACGACGACAAAGACGAUGACGAAGGAACCAAUCCCAGAGCAGCAAACAAGUGUGGCUGCAGACGGCAAGCAGAAAGGGGAGAAAAGGAAAGCUGAUCCAGGCUGGUUUGACAUGGAGGACACCAAGAACACCAACGUGUACGUGUCUGGCCUGCCCCCCGACACGAGCCCCGAGGAGUUCGUGGAGCUGAUGUCAAAGUGCGGCAUCGUCAUGCGGGACCCCAUCAGUGAAGAUUUCAAAGUCAAACUCUACAAGGACAAAGAUGGCAACCUCAAAGGGGACGGCCUUUGCUGCUACCUCAAGAGGGAGUCUGUUGAGUUGGCAGUGCGUCUUCUGGACGAGUCGGAGGUCAGGGGUUAUAAAGUGCACGUGGAGGCGGCGCGCUUCGAGCUCAAAGGGCAAUACGACGCCAGCAAGAAGAAGAAAAAGAAUAAGGAGUACCGCAAGAAGAUGCAGCAGCAGCAAAAACAGUUGGACUGGAGACCCGAGAAGCAAGGAGACGCCAGGAAGCGACACGAAAAAGUCGUCAUCAUUAGGAACAUGUUUCAUCCCAGCGACUUUGAGGAGGACCCUCUGGUCCUGAACGAGUAUCGUGACGACCUUCGCUCCGAGUGCGACAAGUUCGGCGAGGUCAAGAAGGUCAUCCUGUUUGACCGCCACCCGGACGGCGUGGCAUCGGUGGCUUUCAAGGAGCAACCGGCAGCCGACGCCUGCAUCGCAUCCUUCCACGGACGCUGGUUCGGCGGACGCCAGCUCAGCGCCGAACUUUGGGACGGGAGCACAGACUAUCAGGUGGAGGAGACAAGCCGCGAACGUGAAGAACGUCUCAAAGGUUGGUCCUCCUUCCUGGAGGGGGCGGAGCCGGCCGGGGGUCCCGCCCUUCCGCCAGAGGGCGCCACAAAGGUGGCGGGCGAUGCACCUGCUAUCCCGCAACCAUCGCACGAUGAAAAAAAGGGAAAAAAGGAAGACGAGGAAGCCAAGUCGACAGACAGCAGCUUGGCGGGAAGCGACGAGGAGGAAGCUUAA